CGUAGACCGUGUGCUGUCUCCAUAGCAACGCGGUGAAACUGACAGCAAUCUAAACCAAUACGUUCACAGUAGAGGCGGUACCUAGAAAGCAGGAAGUGGACUUUUGAUGUAACUACCUGAAAGAAUGGAAGAAUCGCUCUAAAGCACCACCAGAAGAUCGUUUUGAAGUCGUUUUUGUGCCACCAUGUGGCCGGUGGUGUGGACCGCGAUGCGCACUUACGCGCCCUACGUGACCUUCCCUGUGGCCUUCGUAGUGGGAGCUGUGGGCUAUCACCUGGAGUGGUUCAUCCGGGGACCUCCGAAAACCCCGGGAGAAGAGAAAGGUAUCGCGGAGCUUCGCGAGGACCGGAAACUCGAGGAGCUGGUGGGCCGAGACAGCACGCAGGUCCUGAGUCUGAAGGACAAACUGGAGUUCACCCCCAGGGCAGUACUGGAAAAGAACCGGCCUGAGAAAAGCUAGCUAGAGUCCUGUCAGCUUUCCCCAAAGAGAUCAUUCUAGCUAGCAUGCCGGGUGUAAGGACAUUUCACAUUACAUUGCAGGUUUCCAACCCUGGUCUUGCACAUGAGAGUUUUCCCUGAUGCAGUGAUCACCUAUUUAACAAACCUUCCUGAAUUAAAUUAGGUGUAUCGGAGCAGGGAAAACACUCCAGGACAAGGGCUGAGAACCUGCGCAAGACAUGAUUAUUCCUCAUUCACUCACAAGACUCAGGAAUGUGUUUUUGACUUUUGCUCAUUUGUGGCUUAAUGUUCAACUUCCCCAGGCACAUGGACACAUGAUUGUUUAUCCCACAUUGGAGAAAAACCUUCAGAAGCUUCUGUAUACAUCCCCUUUCACUGAAUAUCGUACGACUGAGCAGGAAAGAAAAGCUUCUUGUUUUGUGUGACUGGAUGAACGUGUGGAAGAGAUAAAGAACUAAAAUGUUACAGGGAUUACAAACUUAGCUUGUUAGUUGUGCCCUUAUUGCAGUCCUGUAUUAGUGAGAGCAAACAAUAAAACACAACUUUGCCACAUUCA